CUUGGAGGAGGUUAGGUAGGUAGGACUUUGGGUACACAGCUGAAAUAGCUGGCUUUUGUACGGGUUUUUUGAACGAGUGAUCAAGGUAGAAUAUCACAUCAGGUCAAGAGCUCAAGGAGAAGAUAGGAUUAUCCGAUUCGUCAUAUUUCUUUUCUCGUUGGAGGCUACCAUGAUUCUUCCAUCUGAUUUGCCCCCUCUCCUUUCUCACCUCUCACCGUCACCAUCCAAUGAAGAGCUCGGUGCUCGGGGUCUCCUAAACCUCACCUCAACGCAGUCGUCUGGCAAGCCUAUCGUUACUGUGUUUACAUUAGGUGGCAGCCAGACACAAUGUUGCCGUACGCCUACGACCGAAGUCGCCGCAGUAUGGGAUACGACCGUGACGACCACUCCGACAUCCGUUCGAGCCCCGACCCCGACCCCGGCCCUCGUAGCAAGAAGCUCAGGCGACAACUCCGCCAACACGGCCCUUAUCGUGAUGGGCGUCUUACUUGGGGUAUCUUUGCUGCUUUUCUUGUUUUGCUAUUCCUCCUGUCAAAGGCGUAGGAGAUGGGAGAAUAGUAGUGGUAGGUCCUCUAGGUCCUCCAGGUCCUCCAGGUCAUCUAGGAGGAUGUACUACAAUAAACAGCCGCCACAAGUCCAGUAUCAGUUCAUCGAGGGACCACGGGGGGCUCAAGGCAUACCAGGGGACAAGGGUGAUACAGGUGCCAAAGGAGAUAAAGGGGAUACAGGUGCGAGAGGGGAUAAAGGAGAUAGAGGGCCAGCUGGAGAUCCCGGACGAGACGGGAUUGAUGGCGCUGACGGAGCUGACGGAGUUAGUGGCGCGGAUGGUGCACCUGGGCCACGAGGACAAGACGGAAGGCCUGGCAAGGAUGGCAAAGAUGGAAAAGAUGGAAAAGAUGGAAAAGACGGUAAAGACGGCAAAGAUGGUAGAGAAAGAGGAGAAAGAGGGGAGAGGGGAGAAGAUGGAGCAGAUGGAGCACCUGGAGUACCGGGCCAACGUGGAGAACGUGGAGAACGUGGAGUACCUGGAGCAGAGGGAGCGCGAGGUGAACAGGGUGAACGAGGAGCAGAGGGAAUACAAGGAGAGCAGGGAGAGAGAGGAGAGCGAGGAGAAAGAGGUGAAAGGGGACCAAGAGGCAGGAGAGGAGAGAGGGGGCCCAUGGGUGGGUGGCAGAACAUCCAGCAACACCGCGACGAGACAUGGACGUUCGACCACAUAACCCCAGCAUACCCGCCGAGAGUGUUUCUUAACUUUACCUGCUGUGACUUCUGCAGAGCUGCAUGUGGAGGCCGCUGCGUCGGACGCUGCGGGGGGUGGAAUCUUUGUGGAGGGCAUUGCGGUUGCAGCUGUGGAUGCUGUCAUUGAGGUUGGGUCUAUGCUCUUGUAUGAUGAAGGAUAGGGAGAUUUUUAUGUUCUAUAUGAUAAGUUAGGUGGCUAGCUUCAACGGGAUCAUUAUGGUGGAGGCUCUUUUGUUUUGAUAUAUGUUCAUUUAGAGGGAAUGGAGGCAAUAUGUUAUCAUAGGUAUUGAUGACACUUCAACAGAUUGACUUACAUCUACAGCCCUUAUUUGCAUUAUGAAGCAUUGUGAUAUAUUAUAUGUAUUGGAUAAAUAAAUGAGGAACUCAUAAGGCAUAAG